CUCUUAGCUUAGAGCUGUUUGUCACACUCAGAAAGCUGUCACGCCGUGAGGUGUAGUUAAACCGUCCGUUUUAAAACGUUGUUGUCGGUUUUUUUUUUGCCACGGAUGAAGUAACUGGAAGAAUAAAACAUAUUGCAGCUGCUUGUUAUCAUCAAGCUUUCAUUUAAAAGACCGACCAAGCAGAGACUCUGCAUGGAGCAGGCGAAGCAGCAGCAGCAGCAGCAUCGGGGCUUCAGUAGCUUCCUUACUCCAGAGCCGGCAGGCGGGUCUGGAGUCUCCGGCAGGCAGCCACCGAUGCGAUUGACCAUCACUUCAACGACCGGCUGCCCGGUGGAGCUCAGUGUCCACCGGGAAGAGACUGCGGAGGGGCUGAGGAAGCUGAUCUCCCAAAAACUGAAGCUGCAAACAGACCGAAUCAAAGUGGUGCAUAAAGAAAGGCACCUAACUGCAGGGACACUGAUGGAGCAGGGUGUGACAGAUGGCAGCAAACUGACUCUGGUCCCAGUCAUUGAGACAGGUUCAGCAAGUUCAGCUAGAGAGAAGACGGUGAUGGACACUUUGGAGAGUUUAACAGAAUCUGAGAUAAAUGAUUUCCUUUCGGGGCACCUGCCUCUGACCCUCAGCCUUGGAGCCGGAGCCCACACAAUGUAUGUGCAGCUCCAGCUGUCGCAGAAAGUUAGGGAGCUCCAGGGCAACAUGAACUCAAUGGUCCAGACCAGAGUCAAGCCUCAAACUACACAGACUAACAAUGUGAACCUCCUUCAGUCUUCCUCUGAAGGGUCCUCCUCUCCGCCAUUACUCCUGACUGAUUCUACAUCCUUCCUCCAAAGCAGCACUCAGAGACCCAGAAGUUCCUUUAUCUCAUCCACAAGUUUAGCACCUGAGAGCUCCAUCAAUCCCUCAUUAGUGAGGCGCUCACAGUCUGGCUGCACACCUCCUUCCCCUUUACAUUCCACAUAUUUCCACAAUCUACCUCAUGCAGCUACACCAGUCUGUUCAUCCAAACCCACCGGUACUGAACCAGGACGCCUGAGUCCAGCACCAGCUUCAACCUUUAUAGGGGGAGAUGUUCCUGAACAUCAGUCAAAGCCUCCAGGAGCGGUCAUUGACAGUGUCAUAAGUCACUCGCCAGGUGUCUUCUCUGGGACUUUCUCUGGGACUCUGGGCCACUGCAGUCAUGGAGGCUUCAGUCAUCCUCGUCGUGGCAUUGCCAUCAUUCUCCAAAUCAUCAACGACCUGCUCCGAGCUGCCUGUCACCACCAGGGGGCACUGUUGCCUCCUUUAUGUAAUUAUUUCACUCCCUCAAAGGAUUCAGGCAGCCAUCUCACUGCAGAGGAGCCCUGCAGAGGAAGAAACAGACCACUAUCGACCCAAAGCACAGAAAACAGCGUAGGGGAUGAGAGUCAGCUGCUGCACCCCUCUGAAAAGGAGAAUAAAACGUUGCACUGCAAGAUGGAGCGGCUCCAGCUUCUGAUGCAUCAGAGGCGUCGCCGCAGGGAAAUUCGUAGGCCUUUGCUCGUCCAUGGACUUGCUCGACCAAACCAGCAUCGGCGCCACCGUUCCUAGUGUUCUACACUAAAGAAAUCCGUUCACUGUGAUUUCUUCUUGUGGCUGUUUGAGCAGAAGAGAGCGUUCCACAACAUGCAGUACAUAAAACCAGAGCAGGGUCCUGUGUUUAUAGUGAGGUAUCUGUUUAGCACAACAAGCCACUGCACAUCAACAUGUAAGCUUUAUAUAGGUUUUAGAAUUUGUUGGUUCAUUGUACUGAGCAUAAUGGAGAUGGCUCUUAUUGUAGCAUAACUGAAAAAGCUGAUUUUGUUUCUCUGUCUGACAUGUUUUAGGUUAGUUGCUGUGAGCAGAAACAAAACAUGAGGACUUCUGAUAAAGAGGGUUUCUAUCCUCAGGUAAAAAUGUCAGAAUUUCCAGUUAUUUCUUUAAACUGAGCUGCGUGUUCCUUCCUGAAGCUCUCAUGAACCAAGGUGUGAAGGGCAGCAAAUCAGCCUUGGAAUAUCGAUGCGGGACUAUGUCAUUUUUAACUCAUGAGUUGUUCCUUACAACAACAUGAAGUAUUUACAUAUGGUCCUUCUAGUUUUUCUCCUUCACCAGUAAGGGUAUCCCAAGCUCAUAAAAUAUGCACAUUUCCUUCCUCAACGUUAAAGGGACAGUUUAGGAUUUUUAAAUUGAGGCUCUUUAAAGGGUUAUAUGCAGUUACUAUCACACUUGAAUUUGACAAAACUCUUCAUUUGGUAUAAAUAGCUAUGGUGCACAUUUUCUUUCAAAUAAUACCAGAAUCCUGAGAGCAGGUUAGAAUUAAAAAUAAUUUUAGCGUUUUACAGCCCAAAUUCUGGAGUCAUUUAUGCUCAGUUUGUAUUGAAAUCUCUAAAGAGUUGGGAGUCAGAAUUACAAAGAAAUUAUUUAAUUAAAAAAAUAUUUUAGAUAUCCUUACAAAACAUCCAACAAAUGAUCUUUGAUGGAUCUUCUGCCUUUUCCAGUUCUUUUUGUAGAAUAAGAGUCUUUGACCAAUAAUAGUCCUUGUAAUAAGCCAUCGGGGACACGAUUUUUACUGUGUGACAUGAUAUUUUCACGAUUAAAAGCAACGACUGAGAAUAUUCUGCCUUGAAGCAAAAAACAAUCAACUUGCAUCAUUUCCAAAUGUUUAAUGGGAUCCAGACCUUGCACGGGAUAAUUGAGCAUGUGCUCGUGUAUUAAAUAAAUUGAGAUUUAGCAUAUAGCUCCUUGAAAAUAGACCGUUCAAAUCAAAACUUUGAGAGUACGCUAAAAGGGAUGAAAAAAAAGUGAUAGUCUUGUUAUGUUUAUUUUAUAUUAUCAACACAAAGUGUAAAAAUUAAUACCUGCAAAUAAAUUGUUGUUUUUGACGUGACGGUGAGGCUAGAAGCAUUAUCACCAGUCAAGUGAUUAGGAAACCAACAGCAGAUACAGACUCUUUGAUAACCACAUAUCUAAUAUAAAUCCAGAUUAGCUGGUCCUGGAGGCUGAAGCUGUAGGCUAGUCUGAGAUCUGUCAAGACCAAUCCUAAUUUAUAUCAUCAUGAAGAACUCCAAUAUGAAAAGGUUUAUAGCGUUUUAUUUAAACAAAAUCAUCCGAACUUUAAAACCGUCAUUAUGUUUACAUUAUUUACACACAAGCUGAUGAUCAUUUGCUUAAGAAUGGGAGGUUGGAGUCAGUUCACCAUCAAGGAUCUUCUGGUGCGAAACACUGAUGUUGAAACAUGUCAAGCAUUGGAAGAGUAGUAAAGUAAAGAGAUGUAAAAAUCUCCAACAUGAAUAUAAUAUCUCUUUGUACACCACUUCCUAUUUAUAUCAGUUACUCUGACCAGGAACACUUUUUAUGUUCUCUUCUCAGAGCGUGUUUCCUGAAGAUCACUGGUGGCCACCACCUUCUACCUCCAUUGCUCAUAUCCAUCAGCUUCUGUGUAAAUAAUCACCUGAUACUUUCAAUUUUAAUAAGAGUGUUUGCUUAAAAUUCUACCAUUUUUUUUUUUUAGAUUAGAGUUUUGUUUUUUUAAGAUGCUAGAUGUUAGCUUUGGUCUUGCCUCCUCUUGGACUAGCUGUAGCUUCAGUCUCUGGAUCCAGCUUAUCUGGAUACUAAAUGAAGUCACCAGGAGGGUUGUGUUACAUAUAAUAACAGCUUAUAACCUUUGAAGGCAACCUCGGCUUUAAAAAUCCUGAAUCAUCUCUUAAACUCGGUAUUGAUGUGUUUGUGUUGGUUUCUGAUUGACCCCCAACGCUGAGAUUUAUGUUGUCUUUAACGUGAACGGCACAGUCCAAACACUGUGACUUGUUGUCUUUGACAUACUGUUUUGUAAAUGUAAUGUAAAUAUUAAUCUAACUGUGAGAGUUUAGCUUCAAAAAGCUGAGAUUUGUCUGUGUUCAGAUGUGUUCAAUGUAUUUGAUUAGGUAAUUUACGUCUUUUGUGUCAAUUUAAGAGUGUGCCUCUUGAAACUAACCACAACUCCAAGCAAUGCAUUGCCUUAUCAUGAAUGUUAAGUGUAUUCUCUGUGCAGAAUAUUCCCUUUAAAAUGAUCUCAAUUUGCAAAAUAGAAAUGAAAGCAAAGAAUUAAUAAAAACUUGAAAAGCC